UUGUAGCGGAAACCGGAUGCAGGCACCGUAAACACUACGGCUAGCUAACUGUGCUGAAUAUUCAGAUUAUUUCUGCAGGAUUUCUUUAAUAGUUGUAAUUAUGUUGAACAAACAGUAAUUAACAGUAAUUAACAGUAAUUAACUGUCUGUAAAGGAGCGUGCAGGUGAAUAUGCUUUUGUGCUAAAGACGCCAUUGAAUGAGGUGAGGUGUCUGAGCGGGAGACUCGGAGGACGCGUCCCAGAGGAAGGGCUUCAUGCGGCGGGGGACCGUAAACUCGAGUCCGAGGAUUUAGUCACGGCCUUGUUGUAAACAGCUCAGAGAGAAUGUCCGACUCAGACAGUGAGGACGAUCAGGACCGUCCCUUCCACCUGACGGGCUUCCUGUUCGGAAACAUCAAUGAGGAUGGACAGCUGGAGGAUGACAGCGUCCUGGACACGGAAAGUAAAAAGCACCUGGCAGGUCUGGGCUCUCUGGGUCUGGGCGCGCUCAUUACAGAGAUCACAGCCACUGAGGAGGACAGCGAGCAGAGCACUGAUGCAGACGGCUGGGUGAAGAGCACUGAUGAUGCAGUGGAUUAUUCAGAUAUCAGUGAAGUUGCUGAAGAUGAAACUCGAAAAUACAAACAAGCCAUGAGUAGCAUGCAACUGUCACAUAGAACAGAUGAUGAGGAUGAUUAUGAUGCUGACUCUGAGGACAUUGACGCUAAGCUUAUGCCUCCACCCCCGCCCCCGAGCCAGCCAGUCACAGGCAAGAAGGAAGACUCACUCACUCAGAGCUCCAGUGUGAGUGAUGAAGGGGAUGGUAUUAUUCUUCCCUCCAUCAUUGCACCUUCCUCUGUUGGGGAAAAGGCAGAGUUUAGCAGCUCGUCAGACAGUGAGAGUGAGUGUGAUAGGCCGACAGCCACUGGGGGGGUGGGGUUACAGUCCUGUCUCACACUACCACUGGCUGGAAUCAUGCAGAAAGAUGCCGCUAAAACUCUGCCUCGAGUAACCGAGCUGUUCCCUGAAUUCAGACCGGGCCAGGUUCUGCGGUUCCUGCGUCUGUUUGGACCAGGUAAGAACAUGCCGUCAGUGUGGCGCAGCGCUCGGAGAAAGAGGAAGAAGAAACACAAAGACGCACACUCGGACACGCCCACUGCUGACUGCGAAUCACACACUGCAGAGGGGGGAGACAAGAAGAAAUCUGGGUGGGAUUAUGAGUAUGCCCCUCCCCCUCCACCAGAGCAGUGUCUGUCUGAUGAUGAGAUCUCCAUGAUGGCCCCAGUGGAGUGUAAAAGUGUGUCCGUGGUGUGUGAGGGUGAGGGUGUGUGUGAGUCAAGACCGCGCGUAGCUGAAUGGCGCUAUGGUCCGGCUCAGCUGUGGUAUGACAUGUUGGGGGUCCCAGAGGAUGGGGCAGGGUUUCACUAUGGCCUUGUGCUGCAUCAGGAUAAUAAUGAAACGCACACUGACACACACACUGACACACACACACCUGAAGCUGAGCAGAGUAAUGAACAAGACAAGCAGCAGGCUGAGCUGGAGGAUGAGCUCUUCCUCAUGGUCACACAGCUGCAGUGGGAGGACGACAUCAUCUGGAAUGGAGAAGAUGUGAAACACAAGGGCACUAAGACCCAGAGAGCCAGUCUGGCAGGGUGGCUUCCCUCCAGCAUGACCCGCAAUGCUAAUGCUUACAAUGCACAGCAGGGUCUGAGUCGCAGUAAUUCCCAGCUGAUUCCCCCAACUCCUCCCCCCAUUCCCAAAACUGCCUCUGUAACAAUCUCCAAACGUGACAAGCACAGCCAAGAAGUUUCCCAUGAGGGCGAUGCUCUGUGGUACUCCAUUUUCCCAAUUGAUAAUGAAGAGCUUGUGUAUGGACGAUGGGAAGACAACAUCAUCUGGGAUGAUCAGAAAAUGGACCAUCUGCUGUCUCCUCCUGUCCUGGUCCUCGACCCCAACGAUGAGAACAUCAUACUGGAGAUCCCUAGUGAGAAGGAGGAGAGGACGUCUCACUCUCCAUCUAAAGAUAACAAGAAGGAGUCGUCUCUGAAAAAAAGCCGCAUCCUACUCGGGAAAACGGGUGUCAUUAAAGAAGAACCUCAACAGAACAUGUCCCAGCCAGAGGUUAAAGACCCAUGGAAUCUGUCCAAUGAUGAAUUUUACUACCCGAAACAGCAGGGGCUGAGGGGCACGUUUGGGGGUAACAUCAUUCAGCACUCUAUCCCCUCGCUGGAGUUAAGGCAGCCGUUCUUCCCCACCCACAUGGGCCCCAUGAAGCUGCGUCAGUUCCAUCGUCCCCCACUCAAAAAGUACUCCUUCGGUCUUCUUUCUCAGCCUGGACCUCACUCAGUGCAGCCCCUCCUCAAGCACAUCAAGAAGAAGGCCAAGAUGAGGGAGCAGGAACGACAGGCCUCAGGAGGCGGGGACAUGUUCUUCAUGCGCACCAAUCAGGACCUGACAGGUAAAGAUGGAGACCUGAUCUUGGCAGAAUACAGUGAGGAGUACCCACCCCUCAUUCUUCAGGUCGGCAUGGCAACCAAAAUAAAAAACUACUACAAGAGGAAACCUGGUAAAGAUUCAGGUCCUCCAGAUUAUAAGUAUGGAGAGACUGUAUACUGCCACACUUCACCUUUCCUAGGAUCACUCCAUCCUGGACAACUACUGCAGGCAUUUGAGAAUAACCUGUUCCGAGCUCCUAUCUACCUGCACAAGGUACCAGAGACAGAUUUCCUGAUCAUCCGCACACGCCAAACUUACUUCAUCCGUGAAGUGUUGGACAUAUUUGUAGUGGGACAGGAGUGUCCUCUGUAUGAAGUACCAGGACCAAACUCCAAACGGGCCAACACACACAUCCGGGACUUUCUACAGGUAUUUAUCUAUCGCUUGUUCUGGAAGAGUAAGGAUCGGCCAAGACGAAUUCGGAUGGAGGACAUAAAGAAGGCGUUUCCUUCUCACUCUGAGAGCAGCAUCCGCAAACGCCUGAAACUCUGCGCAGACUUCAAACGCACCGGGAUGGACUCUAACUGGUGGGUGUUGAAGCCGGAUUUCCGGCUGCCAACAGAAGAGGAGAUCAGAGCCAUGGUGUCUCCUGAGCAGUGCUGCUCAUAUUACAGCAUGCUGGUAGCAGAGCAGAGACUCAAGGAUGCUGGUUAUGGUGAGAAGUCUUUCUUUGCUCCAGAGGAAGAAAAUGAAGAAGACUUCCAGAUGAAGAUUGACGAUGAGGUACGUACAGCUCCGUGGAACACCACCCGUGCAUUUAUUGCAGCGAUGAAGGGGAAGUGUUUACUGGAGGUUUCUGGAGUCGCAGAUCCUACUGGAUGUGGAGAAGGAUUCAGCUAUGUGAAAGUACCAAACAAGCCCACACAGCAGAAGGACGAGCGUGAACCCCAACCUGUGAAGAAGACCGUAACAGGAACAGACGCUGAUCUGAGACGACUUUCACUCAAAAACGCCAAACAGCUCCUGCGCAAGUUUGGUGUACCGGAGGAGGAGAUUAAGAAGCUGUCCCGUUGGGAGGUGAUUGAUGUAGUGCGCACCAUGUCGACAGAGCAGGCACGUUCAGGAGAAACACCGAUGAGUAAAUUUGCCCGUGGGUCACGAUUCUCUGUGGCAGAACAUCAGGAGCGAUACAAAGAGGAAUGUCAGCGCAUAUUCGACCUGCAGAACAAGGUGUUGGAGAGUACGGAGGUGUUGUCCACAGACACAGACAGCAGUUCUGCAGAGGACAGUGAUUUUGAGGAGAUGGGGAAGAACAUUGAGAACAUGCUGCAGAACAAGAAGACCAGCUCUCAGCUGAGCCGUGAGCGUGAGGAGGAGGAGAGGAAGGAACUGCAGCGCAUGCUGAUGGGGGACGAGGGGUCGGAGCGGGACAAGGGCAGGAAGGACCGACGCAAAGGCCUCUCGAGUGCUCAGUCCACUGGCUCACAUAAAGAUGAUGACGCAUCCUCGGUGACAAGUCUGAACUCCUCGGCGACGGGGCGGCGACUAAAGAUCUAUCGCACUUUCCGUGAUGAAGACGGUAAAGAAUACGUGCGCUGUGAGACCGUCCGCAAACCAGCCGUCAUCGACGCAUACACACGGAUUCGCUCCACCAAGGAUGAUGAAUUCAUCCGUAAGUUUGCCCUGUUUGAUGAGCAGCACAGGGAGGAGAUGCGUAAAGAACGCAGACGUAUUCAGGAGCAGCUGCGCAGAUUAAAGCGCAAUCAGGAGAAGGACAAGUUCAGAGGACCACCUGAGAAACGGCCCAAGAAGGCCAAGGAGAGACCUGACCUCAAGCUGAAAUGUGGAGCAUGCGGUGCGAUUGGUCAUAUGAGGACCAAUAAAUUUUGCCCGCUGUACUAUCAGACGAAUGCCCCGCCCAGUAAUCCUGUUGCCAUGACGGAAGAACAAGAGGAGGAGCUUGAGAAGACAGUCAUCCACAACGAUAAUGAAGAGCUCAUUAAAGUGGAGGGAACCAAGAUCGUCCUGGGCAAACAGCUCAUUGAGAGUGCGGAUGAAGUGAGGAGGAAGUCUCUGGUAUUGAAGUUCCCUAAACAGCAGCUUCCUCCAAAAAAGAAGAGACGCGUCGGCAGCACAGUCCACUGUGACUACCUCAAUCGGCCCCACAAGUCGAUCCACCGCAGGAGGACGGACCCAAUGGUCACUCUGUCCUCCAUCCUGGAGAGCAUCAUCAAUGACAUGAGAGACCACCCCAAUACCUACCCCUUCCACACACCAGUGAACAGUAAACUGGUAAAGGAUUAUUACAAGAUUAUCACUCGGCCAAUGGACCUACAGACGCUGCGUGAGAACGUGAGGAAGCGGCUGUAUCCAUCCCGAGAAGAGUUCAGAGAGAGCGUGGAACUCAUCGUCAAAAACAGCGCCACGUAUAACGGUGCAAAACAUCCUCUGACGCAGGUGGCACAGUCCAUGCUGGACCUUUGUGAUGAGAAACUGAAAGAGAAGGAGGAGCGUCUGGUACGUUUGGAGAAGGCGAUAAACCCGCUGUUGGAUGAUGACGAUCAGGUCGCCUUCUCCUUCAUCCUCGACAACAUCGUCACUCAGAAGAUGAUGGCGGUCCCCGAGUCAUGGCCAUUUCAUCAUCCUGUUAAUAAGAAGUUUGUUCCUGAUUAUUACAAAGUCAUCAUUAACCCCAUGGACCUGGAGAAUCUCCGCAAGAACAUCUCCAAACACAAGUAUCAGAAUCGGGAGAUUUUCCUGGCAGAUGUUAAUCUGAUCCACACCAACAGUGUUAAAUACAAUGGACCUGACAGCUCUUACACUAAGACAGCUCUGGAGAUUGUCAACGUGUGCAAGCAGACUUUAGCAGAGUAUGAUGAACACCUGACACAGUUAGAGAAGGACAUCUGUACAGCUAAAGAAGCUGCUCUGGAUGCUGCUGACCUGGAGAUUCUGGAUCCACUCACACCUGGACCAUACACUCCUCAGCCUGAUGUGUGUGUGACUCUGCAGGGUGAUGUUAGCCUGUUAGCCGAGGCUACGCUACUUCCUCCCACUCGUCAGAAACGAGGGGGGCAGGGUCGUGGGCGGGGCCGAAUGGGAGAGGAGGAGUCUGAUGUUGAUAUUGAAGGAUUUGAAGAUGAUGAUGAUAGCAAACCCAAAACACCUGCUCCGGCUGAGGAAGGAGACUUGGAUGAUGAGGAUGAGGAUGAUGAGAUGCUGUUGCCAGGGCGUGGCCAUCUGGAGGAGGAGGAGGAGGAGGAGGAUGAACGUUCAAGUAGGCUGGUGCAGUCCAGCGUCCUCUACCAGGACCUGCUGAUGUCAGAGGGAGAGGAUGAGUGCAGUGAUGAGGAGGGAGACAACCCCUUCUCCUCCAUCCACCUGUCUGAGAGUGGGAGUGACAGUGAUCGUGAGAUGGGACUUCAGGACUCCACACGCAUGGGCAUGGAGCAUGAGGAGAGCAUGAUGUCAUAUGAUGGGGAGGGGCCUGAUGAGGACACACACCUGGAGGACAGCAAUGUGAGUUACGGCAGCUACGAUGACGGAGACAGCCGACAACAAGGGCGGGGCUUCAGUCCUGAGGCGGAGGGGCACGUGCAAGGAAUGGGGCCUGGGGACGGAGUGAGUGAUGAGGAGGAGGAGGAGGAGGAGGAAGAUGAGAGUGAGGAGCAGAGGAGAGGGCCGAGUGUGCUGACCCAAAUCCAGCUCAGUGAGGAUGAGGAGGACAGCGAAGACUUUCAGUCUAUAGGAGGAGACAGUGACAUGGACUCAGAUAACUAACACAUGCACACGUCUCUGUGGACAUUCUCCUGUGUUAUGGUGUUUUACUUUGUUUUUAUUCUUACUAUUUUUAUGUCUCACUGCAUCACACUGACUCAAUAAACAUCUCUAUACAAAUAUCA